UGCGCAGCGGAUGAAAAAACUCAGCGAUUUGCUUCUCAGAGCAAGAGCCAAACAUUACGGAAAAAUAUGCGAAUAUAAAGCGAGUUUUAGCAUCGAAAGUGCUUUGAAAACAGUCACGUGAAAUACAGUACAGUACAUUGAAACAUCAGAUUACAACAGUGAAACAGUACAGCAGUUCAGCAUUAAAUGUGUGCACAAAAAAACAAAAAAUAAAAAACAGUUCAGUACAGUGAAACAGCGGAACCAUCCGAAAUAUGUAAAUGAAACAUUAUAAUCAUAAAACGCGGUUUCACAGCAAAGGGCAUUCAUAUGCAAAUCCGGUCGCACAGCCACAGCGCGGUCCCUAAAACAGCUCCGAAUAACAGUUAAGACCCAGCAAAUGCCGGAAAAUAAUUUACGUAUUAAAUCAAAACACACGUAGAAUUCCAGGCGCUGCUCUUUCUCUCUCCGUUGGAGACGAGCCGGCUUUUGCAACCGGAAAACAACAAUUUUUUUUGAGUGGACCCUGCGAGACGCCUGCCGUAUUACGGUUACGCUUUACAGCUUACGUUGCGGAGAGAGUCUCAGUGUCUCAGUGCCUCAGUGUUUGUGUGUGCGGUUGUGCGGUUGUGCGGUUGUGUGUGUGUAAGGACACGUAAUGUGUGCCGCAAUUUAAAUUUCAGUCCUAUGCAAAUACUCGUACAAUUGGACGAACAUCGUGUGUAGGAGUGUGGAUAAACGUAAGCCCUAACAAAGGGACUUCACGUGCGAUUUUUAGAUCAGACGAUAGUCGCCGCCGAGCGUUACCGAUAUAGCUCCAGAUUCAGCUACAACUCCAUCUCCCGAAAGCAGCUCCAUUAUCCAGAUUGCAUCCGACAGAAGAGGAGCUUUGCUUGGGCUUUGUUUGUGUGACAAGCGAAACUAAUGAGCGGCCAGCAGCAGCAGCAGCAGCAGAUCGGAAACAGGAAGCAGACGAACGAAAGUAAAAUUGCUUAAAUAAAUAAUCGUAACUGUGAUAACACCAAAGAAAGCGGACAGCACAGGCAGACGGCAGCAGCACAAAACCAGGCUAAGAAAGCGCUCACAAAAGGCCAAAAGCAGUUGCGUAAUUACCGACCGAACGGAGCGGACCGGAGCGGACUGGACCGGACCGGACCGGAGAGGAGCGUCCAGCGAGUGAUUUUGAGAGCAAUAAAUGUCAACGUGGAACAAGAAAAGUAAUCACAACUAUUUGCUAGAGUUCAAGCAGCACAAAAUGGCACAAAGCAGAAAAGCACAAGCAGCAGCAGCAGCAGCGGCAUCGGCAGUGGCACUCAGCUACAGCAUCUCUGGAGAAACAUCAUCACACAGAAGACCCAUCGCCUCCUCUCCAGCAACACAUUCAAGUUCAAGGCGGUCAUCGUUAAUCACAUGUUUUAUAUCCUGCCACACGUCCAGCCUCUUGUUGCUGCUCCUUCUGCUGCUCCUCGAUGGAGCCCAGGCAGGCAGUCGCAGCAGCAGCGGCAGCGGCAGCAACAAAACAGCAGCAGCAUCUGGACCCAACAGCGGUGGGGCAACACCCAUUUGGGAUCAUGCCAUCGAUUUGAAUGAGGAUUUUCGCAUACUCUGGCAAAUCAUUAAUCAGGAUAUAACAUUCGAAAUACAAGCACGUACACUCGGCUAUGUCGGCUUCGGGUUCUCGCCCGAUGGGAAUCUGGCUGGUGCCGAUAUGGCCAUCGGUUGGGUGGACAAGGGUCAAACCUAUUUUCAGGAUCGACACGUCACACGGAAUGGUGACCCCGAGCCGGUGGUGGAUCCCUCGCAGGAUUAUAUGCUGAUGCUGGGCUACGAGAAUGCCACGCACACGGUCCUGCGCUUCCGCCGCAAGCUGGACACAUGCGACGGCACACAUGACAUGGCCAUAACGAACGACACGAUGCGCCUGCUGUACAUGUACCACGCACAGGAUCCGCCGCACGGCUCGGUGCGACCGGGCACCCUGCCGGACCCGGGGCGUGCCUUCCGCCCCUACCGCCCCAUGGUGCUGAUGCAGCGCGCCCAGCUGCCGAUGCCCUCGCCAACGCACGAUGAGCGCGUGCGAGUCCUGGAACUGCGCAACGAGGAUGUGGAGCUGCCUGGCGGGGACACGCCGCUCUUCUGGUGCAAGAUGUUCAAGCUGGAGGACAUCAAUCGCAAGCACCACCUGAUCCGGUACGAGCCGAUUUAUGAUUCAUCGUCCAGCGUGCAUUACUUGCAGCACAUAACGCUGCACGAGUGCCAGGGCGCUCACUCGGAGCUGGAGGAGAUGGCACGCGAGCAGGGACGCCAGUGCAUGGGCGCCCGAUCCAUACCGCUGGCAUGCAAUGCCAUUGUUGCCUCCUGGUCGCGGGGCAGCGAGGGCUUUACGUAUCCACACGAGGCUGGCUACCCGAUCGAGUCGCGACAGGCCAAAUAUUACUUAAUGGAGACCCAUUACAACAAUUUAAAGCCCGACUUUGCCCAAUUGCACGCCCGACAAAUGGCGGAUAAUUCGGGUUUGAAAAUCUACUUUACGCACGUCCUGCGACCAAACGAUGCUGGCAUAUUGUCAAUCGGAAUGGACCCCAACUGGCGACACAUUAUUCCGCCGGGCCAGAAGCGCGUCUUAUCGGAGGGCCAGUGCAUUGAGGACUGCACCGGGUAUGCCUUCCCCCAGCAGGGCAUCAACAUAUUUGCGGUGAUGAUGCGCACCCACCAGAUCGGCAAGGAGGUUAAGUUGCGCCAGAUACGACAAACCGAGGAGCUGCCGCCAAUUGCACACGACAGCAAUAUAGAUGUUGCCUAUCAGGAUUUUCGACGUUUGCCACAAUCGGUGCACUCCCUGCCCGGGGAUAGACUCAUCGCCGAAUGCAUUUAUGACAGUUCGUCACGAAAGGCAAUUACCUUGGGUGGCCUCACCAUGAAGGAAGAAAGCUGCACAGUGCUGACACUCUACUAUCCACGCCAGAAGAAGCUGACAACGUGUCACUCACUACCGAGUCUGCCCACAGUGUUGCAUUCGCUUGGCAUCGAACAACUGGCAACCGACUCGAAUCCCGUGCUUAUAUCAUCGCCACCCGAAUUGGCUGGAAUGACACUGGAGGCACGUCUGAUAUCCUACGAUUGGGAAAAUCAAUUUGGCGAAUUCCAGGAGGCCACACGCAAAGGCAGCUUCAAGCCCAUCUGUUGGGGGGCCAAGAAUCAUGUGGUGCCGGGCUCCGAGUUCCUCGAAGGCUACAGCAUUAAUGUUACCAAGACCUACAAGAAGCACAAGCGGUGCAAGCCCAAGCGCCUUUUUGUCCCGAUUACCGAGAGGACUGCUCCACCGCCAGCCUCCGAUCUGAGUGAGCUUCCCGUCCUCCACGAGCUGGACAACAACAACAUCAUCGAGGGAGCGGCGCGGAGUAGCCGCAGCUCGGCGACCGAUGUCCACGGACUAAGUCUGAGCCGCGGCAACUGCCGGGAGUUCGUCAGCUGCCUGCUCUGGCUGGGAGCCUCCUCCUGGUGGCUCCUGCUCAUGCUAAGGACGUGAGGAGAUACAGCAACACCAGCCGCAGCAGCAGCAGCAGGAGGACUUGGAACAGCAGGAAUCACAGGCACCACCGUCUUACUAAACUAAACUAAACAUGCAGCAACAGCAACAGCAACACAACAGAAAAAAAAUGAUGAAAAAUCUGUGGAAAACGGAAAAAAGCAAAAAAAAAACUUAAAUCAACUCAACUACAACUCUCUAACUAUAAAUGACAUCUCUUAAUCCUACUACAGAUACAAAUAGAAGCAGUUGGAAAAUGUGAAAAGUGGGAGAGAAGAACAUGAAAUAUUCAUAAUAAGCUAGCGUAUAACAGCUUUCCCUUCCCCCUCCCCUAUUCCUACUACAACUCCAGCACCUGCUGUUCCCUAUACCUCCCAACCAUCCCCCCCACCCCCAAUCUAUAUCCGCAACACCCGUCUAUUUAUUGUCCUCCCUAAAACCACAAUUUUUUUUUUUGUUGAUUUUGUUAUAGAUUUUUUUUAAAUUAUUAACGAUUAUUUUAGUGUAGUCUAAGCUGAAAAUAAAACAAAAGCAAAAACAAAAAACAAAAAACCAAACUAAACUAAA